AUGAGUCGGGCUCCGCCAACUCCAAUCAAAAAUCCGGCGAAAAAAUGGAAACCGCCAUGGGAGAGUGUUGAUGAGGAAGAAGAUCUAGAAAUGGAAGUGGAUACCGUUGAAGAGAAGCCGACACCAAAGUUGGAGAAAAAACCGAGUCUGAAACGGAAGGACGCCCCUACAAAACCUGCAGUAUCUCCAGGUGCGCCGUCUCCAGCACCUGUCAAGAAUCCAGUAAAAAAGUGGAGACCGCCAUGGGAGGAAGAUGAACCGAUGGAAGAGAAACUUCCAAAACCAGAAGCUCCAAAGGAGACUGCCAAGAAAACCAGAGAUCCUUCACCCAAAAAGGCAGUUGCCAAGAAAGAUCCAGAACCCGUAGUACCUCCUACUCCAAUCAAAAAUCCCGCCAAAAAAUGGAAGCCACCAUGGGAAGAAGAUGAAACGCCCACUGAAGAAGUGAAAGAAACCCCGAAAGCUCCAGAAAAGAAGACACCAGUUCUAAAGAAAAAGGAUUCAGCAACAACAGUCAAACCCAGAGAUCCUUCUCCCAAGAAAGCUGUUGCUAAGAAAGAACAAGAACCAGUUGUCCCACCAACGCAAAUUAAGAAUCCAGCCAAAAAGUGGAAGCCACCAUGGGAAGAAGAUGAAACGCCGACAGAAGAAGUGAAAGAAGCCGAGCCACCAGCACGUAAGGUUCCAGCAUUAAAAAAGAAGGAACCAGUUGCAGAACCUGGAAAGAAGACACCAGCUACAACUGUCAAGCCGAGAGAUCCAUCUCCAAAGAAGGCGUUACCAGUGAAAAAGGAGCCAGAAGUUCCACCAACUCCAGUCAAAAACCCAGUUAAGAAGUGGAAACCGCCAUGGGAGGAAGAUGAAGCUCCCGUUGAAGACGUGAAAGCACCAGCAGCUCCAGAAAAGAAAACACCAGUUUUGAAAAAGAAAGAGCCAGUGAAAGAACCCGAGAAGAAAACCACAGCUCCGGCUGCCAAACCAGCACCUGUUGCCAAACCAAGAGGCCCAUCUCCCCAGAAAGCCGCACCAGUCAAAGUUGAACCGAAUACUCCAGAAGUUCCUCCGACUCCGGUAAAAAAUCCAGUGAAAAAAUGGAAGCCUCCAUGGGAAACUGAUGAGGAUCCAGCAGAAGAAGUUGCUGCACCACCACCUCCCGAGAAGAAAACACCAGUACUGGCAAAGAAGACACCAACUCCGGCCGACGCAAAACCUAAAGAGGCUCCGAAAGCCAAAGCUCGAGAUCCCUCUCCAAAAAAAGCAGCACCAGUUAAAGUCGAACCUAAGGCUCCCGAAGUUCCUCCAACUCCAGUCAAAAAUCCAGUGAAGAAAUGGAAGCCACCAUGGGAAGCUGACGAAGAUCCAGCUGAGGAAGUCGCAGCACCGCCUCCUCCUGAAAAGAAAACUCCAGUGCUGAAGAGGAAAGAGCCGGAAACUAAACCUUCAGCAAGCGAUCCAUCUCCAAAGAAAGCUGCACCAUCAGCCCCUGCUAAAUCAGCUGUUAUACCAAGAGACCCUUCUCCCAAAAAGGCAGCGCCAGCCAAAACGAAGCCAAAGUUGCCGGAAGUUCCACCAACUCCAGUGAAGAAUCCGGUCAAAAAAUGGAAGCCUCCAUGGGAACAAGAUGAGGAUCCAGCUGAAGAAGUUGCAGCGCCACCACCACCAGAAAAGAAAACUCCAGUAUUAGCUAAGAAGGCUCCUGCUGCUGACGCAAAACCCAAAGAUACUCCCAAACCAGAACCCGCAAAAGUAGCAGCCAAGCCUCGAGAUCCUUCUCCAAAGAAAGCAGUUCCAACAUCUACCAAGGUUCCCGAGAAAACCCCAGUCAAACCGAGAGAUGCUUCACCAAAGAAAGCUGUAGCCAAACCUGAACCAGCUUCAAGUACCUCUCCUGCGGAAGAUGUUGCUAAGCCUGUGGAUGACAAGAAGACCCCUUCACUUGCCAAGAAAGCUCCAUCACCUGCAAAAGAACCAGAGAAGUCUAAACCUGCUGCAAAACCUAGAGAUCCAUCGCCAAAGAAAGCAGCUCUUGCAAAACCAGCAGAAACGAAGACUCCAGAAGUGCCUCCUACCCCGGUAAAAAAUCCAGUGAAGAAAUGGAAACCACAUGGGAAGCUGAUGAGGAUCCAGCUGAGGAAGUUGCAGCACCACCUUCUUCAGAAAAGAAAACUCCAAUACUGGCAAAGAAAGACCAAACCACGAGAUCCCUCUCCGAAAAAAGCUGUUCCAGCUAAAGAACCUGCGAAACCAGCUCCAACUCCAGAAGUGCCACCAACGCCAGUCAAGAACCCAGUCAAAAAAUGGAAGCCUCCAUGGGAGGACGACGAUUCACCUGCUGAAGAUGUAUCUGCAACUGCGCCAGAGAAGAAAACACCAGUGUUAACUAAAAAAGCUCCAGCAGCCAAACCCGAUGUAAAGCCGGAGUCCGAAAAACCCAAAACUACUACUCCUGCAAAGCCACGUGAUUCGUCUCCCAAGAAAGUCGCACCAGUGAAACCGGAAGCCAAAACUCCAGAAGUUCCACCAACACCGGUGAAAAAUCCAGUUAAAAAAUGGAAGCCUCCAUGGGAAGCAGAUGAAGAUCCAGCCGAGGAAGUCGCUGCUCCAGAACCAGAGAAACCGGUUCCAACGUUGAAGAAGAAAGAACCGACGCCUACAGCAAAACCAAGAGAUCCAUCACCCAAAAAGGCCGUGCCAGUGAAAGAACCUGUUAAAGAUCCAGAGCAACCAGCUGCCGCUAAACCACGUGACCCGUCUCCAAAGAAAGCAGUACCUGCAAAAGUGGAUCCAAAGCUCCCAGAAGCUCCCGUGACUCCCGUCAAGAAUCCAGUGAAAAAAUGGAAACCACCAUGGGAGGCUGACGAUGAUGAGGAUGAUACGCCAGCUGAGCCAGUCAAAGAGCCGGAACCGGUAAAGAAAACUCCCGUUUUGGCAAAGAAAGCUCCAGCCAAGAAACCAGACACUGAAAAGCCUGCUGAACCAGUAAGUGGACCUACUGCGAAGGAUCCAAGACUCAGUACUAAAGCUCCCGCUGAGAAGCCAAAUCCUGCUACUGCUCCACCAAAAGAUACACCAAAAGCUGUGGAUCCACCAAAACCAGCUGCUCCAAAGAAAUGGCGACCAUCGUGGGAAGAUGAUCCAGAUGACGAGCCAGAAGCUGAUUUCACGGUACCUGCUCCAGCAAAAAAACCAGACACUGAAGACGCAGCUGGUCCAUUAGGAGGUCCGAAAUCGAAAACACCAGCACUUGGCAAAAAGGCGCCAACCGACAAGCCGAAACCAGCCAGCAAGAAGCCAGAUACAGAAAACCCAGCUGAUGCGCUAGGUGGUCCAACACCGAAAGAUCCAAAACUAGCAAAGAAGGCUCCAGCGAAGAAACCAGAAGAUAAACCAAAGGAAAAGCCGAAGGAAGCACCGAAGCCAGCUGAACCACCUAAACCUGCAGCUCCUAAGAAAUGGAAACCGCCAUGGGAACUGGAUUCUGAACCAGAGGAUGAGCCGGAAGCUGAUUUUACUGUUCCAGCACCAAGCAAAAAACCUGAUACGGAAGAUCCCGCCGACCCGCUUGGUAGACCAAAGAAAACGGAUCCAAAGCUUGCCAAAAAGGCUCCAGCAAAGAAGCCAGAAGACAAACCGAAGGAAAAGCCAAAGGAAGCGCCGAAACCAGCUGAACCACCGGAGCCAGCAGCACCAAAGAAAUGGAAGCCACCAUGGGAAUUGGAUUCUGAACCAGAAGACGAGCCUGAAGCGGACUUCACCAUGCCAGCUCCUAAGAAGCCUGAUUCUGAAGAACCUGCUGAUCCAUUAGGAGGUCCGAAACCAAAAGACCCCAAACUGGCAAAGAAAGCUCUAGCGAAGAAGCCGGAAGAUAAACCAAAGGAAAAGCCAAAGGAAGUACCAAAGCCUGCCGAGCCUUCAAAACCAGCCGCACCAAAGAAAUGGAAGCCGCCAUGGGAAGAGUAUCCAGACGACGAGCCUGAAGCAGACUUCACAGUUCCAGCUCCAAAGAAGCCAGAAGAUUCCGAGGAUCCGGCAGAACCUGUUAGUACACCUAAGCCGAAAGACCCGAAACUUGCCAAGAAAGUACCUACAAAGAAGCCAGCAGAUAAGCCAAAGGAUGCGCCAAAGGAAACUCCGAAGAAACUGGAAGAGCCACCGAAACCAGCUGCGCCAAAGAAAUGGAAACCACCAUGGGAAUUGGAUUCUGAACCAGAAGAUGAACCUGAAGCAGAUUUCACUGUUCCGGCACCUAAGAAACCAGAAGACUCAGAAGACCCUGCUGAACCUGUAAGUGCUCCAAAACCAAAAGAUCCAAAAUUGGCAAAGAAAGCUCCUACGAAAAAACCUGCGGAUAAACCAAAAGACGCUCCAAAAGAUGCUCCAAAGAAACCAGAGGAACCUCCAAAGCCAGCAGCACCAAAGAAAUGGAAGCCACCAUGGGAAUUGGAUUCUGAACCAGAAGACGAGCCUGAAGCGGACUUCACCAUGCCGGCACCAAAGAUGCCUAAAGAUUCCGAAGACCCUGCAGAACCUGUAAACGCCCGGAAACCAAAGGACCCCAAACUCGCAAAAAAGGCUCCUACGAAAAAACCUGCGGAUAAACCAAAAGACGCUCCAAAAGAUGCUCCAAAGAAACCAGAGGAACCUCCAAAGCCAGCAGCACCAAAGAAAUGGAAGCCACCAUGGGAAUUGGAUUCUGAACCAGAAGACGAGCCUGAAGCGGACUUCACCAUGCCGGCACCAAAGAUGCCUAAAGAUUCCGAAGACCCUGCAGAACCUGUAAACGCCCCGAAACCAAAGGACCCCAAACUCGCGAAAAAGGCUCCUACGAAAAAACCUGCGGAUAAACCAAAAGACGCUCCAAAAGAUGCUCCAAAGAAACCAGAGGAACCUCCAAAGCCAGCAGCACCAAAGAAAUGGAAGCCACCAUGGGAAUUGGAUUCUGAACCAGAAGACGAGCCUGAAGCGGACUUCACCAUGCCGGCACCAAAGAUGCCUAAAGAUUCCGAAGACCCUGCAGAACCUGUAAACGCCCCGAAACCAAAGGACCCCAAACUCGCGAAAAAGGCUCCUACGAAAAAACCUGCGGAUAAACCAAAAGACGCUCCAAAAGAUGCUCCAAAGAAACCAGAGGAACCUCCAAAGCCAGCAGCACCAAAGAAAUGGAAGCCACCAUGGGAAUUGGUUUCUGAACCAGAAGAUGAACCAGAAACGGACUUCACCAUGCCAGCUCCUAAGAAGCCUGAUUCUGAAGAACCUGCUGAUCCAUUAGGAGGUCCUAAACCAAAAGAUCCAAAACUCGCAAAGAAGGCUCCAGCAAAGAAACCUGCUGAAAAGCCGAAUCCCAAAAACGCUCCAAAAGAAACUCCGAAAAAACCAGAAGAGCCACCGAAGUCAGCAGCACCAAAAAAAUGGAAGCCUCCAUGGGAAUUGGAUUCUGAACCAGAAGAUGAACCGGAAGCCGAUUUCACAAUGCCAGCUCCUAAGAAGCCUGAUUCUGAAGACCCCGCCGAUCCACUUGCAGGACCAAAGCCUAAAGAUCCAAAACUUGCAAAGAAGGCACCAGCGAAGAAGCCAACAGACAAGCCAAAGCCAAAAGAUGCGCCUAAGAAGGCUGAUCCAAAACCAGAAGAGCCACCAAAACCAGCAGCGCCAAAGAAGUGGAAGCCACCAUGGGAAUUAGAUGAUGAGCCAGAAGAUGAACCUGAAGCCGACUUCACAAUGCCAGCUCCCAAGAAGCCUGAUUCUGAAGACCCCGCCGAUCCACUUGGAGGACCAAAGUCUAAAGAUCCAAAACUUGCAAAGAAGGCACCAGCAAAGAAACCAACAGACAAGCCGAAGCCAAAAGAUGCUCCUAAAAAAACCGAUCCAAAACCAGAAGAGCCACCAAAGCCAGCAGCACCAAAGAAGUGGAAACCACCAUGGGAAUUAGAUGAUGAGCCAGAAGAUGAACCUGAAGCCGACUUCACAGUUCCAUUGAAACCUGAUGAAGAGGAUGAAGAGGAACCUGAAGAGCCAGAUGAUGAAGAGGAGCCAGAGGAGGAGGAACCAGUUGAUGAUCAGCCUAAGAAGAAGAAACCUAAAAAGCAUAAAAAGAAACCAAAGAAGAAGAAGAAGCCAGUACUAGAGCCGGAAAAAGAGCCAACACCAGAGCCGGUAGUGAAGAAGGCACCCAAGUGGAUUCCACCGAUCAAGAAGAUGGAGGACCCGAUUCCAAUGCCACCCAAAGAGAAAACAAUCGCUGAAAGGAACAAGGAAGAGAGGAUACCACCAGGUCUUCGGUAUGCCAAGAAACCAAGAGAACUAGAAGUCUACAUUCCAUUCGUUAUACCAUGGGAGCAAACAGCAGCGUUGAUUACUCAAGAAGGUGAGUUCAAUAGAUUUUUUAUUUCAAAAAAUGUUUCUAAAAUUGAUAAAUAUAAUUUUUCAGGAAUGGGAGCUUUUGGUAAGAGCAGAGACGCGAAUGUAGAUAUUAACUUUGGUGAGAAGCCACUUGUACAGGGAGCCGUAGAUUCAAAGACAGUAAUCCCAUUGUGGAAUGACGAGAGUAAAUGUGCUAACCGAAGUGGUAUGACACCGUUUGGUGGCAAACGAGCUGUUGAUCAGGAUGUCGUCGAUCAUCAUGUAUUCAAUUUGAUGGAUAAAGGUAAAAGUAACUCUAUCAUUCCGUUGCUGGCAAAGGGAACUACGUACCACCCACAUGGAGAAUAUGGAACUAUUAGAAGACAGACUGCUGAUGUUAAGUACAAAGAUGGAUGGAAACCUGGAAUGGAUGCCGAAUCUCAUGGUUUCAUUUCCCGACAAUUUAUUGCCAAUUCGAAGGAGAAAGCAGGAAGCAACUUAUUGGACAAACGAAGAACCAUUAUAUCUGACGCAUUGCCACAAUCCAAAGAAUGCGAGGCCAUGAUUCCAUUGAUGUUUGAUGGAAGAUCUGUGGAGACUAGAGAAGGCAGUGAAUUCGGAUCAUUCCGACCGUUGGUAUCAAACUCUACCGGAGGAUAUAUCAUGUCUUAUCAAGAUGAACUCAAGUGUCGAAAUAUUAUUCCUUUCCAGAAUCCGCUUGCCAGUUUCAGCCGAAUUAUAUCAGUUCUAGUGCAAAAAAAUCGGUUUUCAGUGCAAGACAGAGAAGAUUUUUUAGUUUCUAGGAUUUUUAGAAACACAAAACUUGUUGUGCUAUACUUGGAAUUAGGUAAAAGUUCAUAUUUAGAUAUUUUCUCAAGUUUUCUCAAAUUUUCGAAUUCUCCACGACUUUGA